CAACAGCAUCAUCUGUGACUUCCGUCACCAAAAUUCAAGUGACACCAAUGUUGCACAAACCAGCCUCCAGCCCGCCAUCCUGGAGAUCAAAUGGUCCACGAAACCGAGUUUUAUGACAUCCUAGAAGUCCAGCCAAACUGCACAGAUGAGGACCUCAAGAAGGCAUACAGGCGACUCGCCCUACAAUAUCACCCCGACAAGAACCCCGAAGGGGGGGACAGAUUCACCAGGAUCUCCCAGGCCUACGAAGUGCUCUCCGACCCCCAGAAGAGGGCGAUUUACGAUGAGGGCGGAGAGCAGGCCCUCAAAACCGGUGGUGGACACACCUACUCCAACCCUAUGAACCUCUUCGAUAUGUUCUUCAACGCUGGUACUUCCAGUAGACGGAGGAGCGAAAGGAGUCGCAGGGAUAUCAUCCAAGAGUUGGCUGUCAGCCUCGAGGAGCUGUAUAGUGGGGCCAACAAGAAGAUAACGAUCAAAAGGAACGUGCUUUGUGAUAAGUGUAAGGGGAAGGGAAGCAUCAGUGGUAAGACUCAGAAGUGUAAGAUUUGUGAUGGUCAUGGGGUGGUUAUAAGGACCACUGAGGUGGCUCCAGGUAUGAUCCGUCAAACCCAAAGGUUAUGCAGGGAAUGCAACGGUUCUGGUGAGCAGGUUGACCCUAAAGACUUAUGCAAAAAGUGUAACGGUAGGAGAGUGAACGAAGUAUCCAAAAACUUGACUGUGAAGGUUGAGAAAGGGAUGUUGGACGCUCAAAAAAUCAUAAUGAAGGGUGAGGGUAACGAAGAACCUGACAAGGAACCAGGCGACAUAAUCAUAAUUCUAGACGAGAAAGAACAUCCAGUUUUCUCUAGAUCUGAGGAAGAUCUACUAAUGAGGAUCGACAUACAGCUCAUAGAAGCACUGUGUGGCUUCCAAAAAACCUUCAAAUCUUUGGAUAAUCGGGAUUUACACAUAGCCGUUCCCAAAGGUACAGUCAUGAAACAUGGAGACAUCAAAUUGAUCUCGGACGAGGGUAUGCCUUACUUCCAAAAUCCAAGUGACAAAGGCCGACUCAUCAUCCAGUUCUUCGUGGAGUUUCCCGAAACGCUUCCAGAAGAGAUAACCGCAGAUUUGGAGAGGAUUCUGGGGCCUAGGCCUUCUAUAAAGGUUCCGAGUAAGGCUAAGAACUGCGUUCUGGAAACUUUCGAUCCUGAGGUUGAGGCUAAAAGACACCGUUCCCAGAGAAUGAUGGAUUCCGAUGAUUCCAUACAAGAGUUACAAUGUGCAACCAGUUGAGUGUGAGAUGUCUGUCGAAAUAAACCAUUUGAAAUAGGUUUU